AUGAUAGAUCGGUUCUCGCGAUGGCCUGAAGCUGUGCCCAUGAAGGAUAUGACUGCUCCAACAGUUGCAGAAAAUUUCUACACAACCUGGAUUUCACGUUUCGGAUGCCCCUCCAUCAUAACAACCGACCGAGGCAGGCAAUUUGAGUCAGAAUUAUUUCGUUGCUUUUCAAAGUUUCUCGGUGUGAAAAAAAUCCGCACAACAGCGUAUCAUCCAAUUGCGAACGGAUUGAUUGAAGAGUUUCACCGUCCUCUAAAGCAAGCAAUAAAAUGCUAUGCAACUGAGCGCUGGACAGAAGUACUCCCCACAGUUAUGCUUGGUCUCAGAUCUCCUCCUAAACUCGAUCUAGGCUGUUCUUCUGCCGAGCUUGUGUACGGUUCUCCCCUCCGGCUGCCAGGGGAUUUUUUUGAAGAAAAUUGUGUGCCUACUGAUACGACUACAUUUGUCGGAAAGUUAAAAGACCACAUGAGUCAUAUUCGCACUCCGCCCAUGUCACGGCAUGGUGUUAAACCUAUAUUUGUGCCCUCUUCAAUUUCAACUACAGAAUAUGUGUUUUUACGUUGUGACAGUGUGAAACAUCCCUUACGUCAACCGUACGAUGGCCCCUUCCGUGUUAUCAAGCGAAAUGAUAAAGUGUUUCACAUUCAUGUCAAUGGCAAAAUAAUUUCAGUGUCCAUUGACAGGCUAAAGCCCGCAUAUUUAGUGCAAUCAGAAGUAACUGAUCCUUGUCAUACCACUACUCCCACUGCAGAAACACCACCUAGCGCCUCAUCUUCUACAAGUCAGCGUUGUUCAAAUCAAACAACCCGUUCAGGACGUCGUGUUCGGUUCCCGGAUCGGUUUCAGUCUUGA